AUGUCAACAAAGCCACCUUCACGCGUUGUAUUUGUUGGCAACAUUCCCUACGGCUUGUCGGAAGAGCAAAUCAGUGACAUAUUCAGUACUGCUGGCAAGGUUUUGAACUUCCGUCUUGUCUACGAUCGCGAUACCGGUCGGCCUAAAGGUUUCGGUUUCGCAGAAUACCCCGAUGCAGAUUCAGCCGCAUCCGCAGUUCGAAACCUAAACGACUACGAGAUCAUGAAUCGCAAGCUUCGUGUAGACUAUAGCACGGAGGGUCGCGUCGAUGGCGAUGAUACUAACACUUCAUCCGCUAUGACGGGGCAAUCUAUGAACAACGGUGGCAUGAACGCUGCUCCCCAAUCCGCGCCCACGGGCCCCCUUCCUCUACCUCCGGGGAAGGAAUUGCCUCCCGGCGUGAGCGCGGCAGACGCCAUCUCAAGAACUCUGAACACCCUACCUCCGAGCCAGUUGCUUGACAUCCUCUCUCAGAUGAAGUCUCUCGCCACCAACGACCCCGCUCGCGCGACGGAACUAUUACAGCAAGCACCUCAACUCGCAUACGCCAUCUUCCAGGCCUUACUUCUAAUGGGUCUGGUAUCCCCUGAUGCUAUCCAUUCCGUGGUCGACACUUCAGCUCCGGCUCCUCCCACCAUGCAACACCAUCCGGGCGCCACUACCGUUACACCACCUAUAACUGGUGCCUAUGCGCCCCCCGUGGCACCAGUGGUCGCACCAGCUCCUGCGGCCACCAUGCCUGCGGCGCCUGCUGCGGCGCCACAACAAGAUCCAGAGUCUUUGAUGCAGGCAGUCAUGAACCUUCCGCCAGAGACGAUUGACCAGCUACCCGAGGCUGAGCGGCAACAAAUUCUAGCUCUCAGAGCGAGCUUCAUGGCCCAGCGACGUUGA